GCGCACACCACUAAAAGAAAUCGUCUAAGCAUUACGGUAAUAGGUGCGUAGAGGAGGUAGGUUAAAGAAGGAAGUUAACAUUUGCAAAUGGCUUUUAGGAUACUUGUCUGUCAUUUGUCACGGUUUCCAACAGUUAACUGCAAGACCCUCAUCUUAGGAAGGUGGGCCCGUUCCAAAAACUCCAGUCCGGUGAAAGUGAGCCACCUGGACCACCUGGUUUUAACUGUGAAGAGCGUCUCCAAAACCAUAAACUUUUAUUCUUCUGUUCUUGGUAUGGAGGUCAUAACUUUCAAGGGGAAUCGUAAGGCUUUAGGUUUUGGGCAGCAGAAGUUCAACUUACAUGAGGUGGGCAAGGAGUUUGAACCCAAGGCCAAGUGUCCCACUUCUGGGUCAGCUGACCUGUGUCUCAUCACCAAAACACCCCUGACCAUUGUGGCUAAACACCUUCAGGCCUGUGGUGUGUCAGUAGAGGAAGGACCGGUGGAGAGGAGUGGGGCUGUAGGGGCCAUUAUCUCCCUCUAUUUCAGAGACCCAGAUAACAACCUCAUUGAGGUCUCCAACUAUGUACAAGUUCCAAAAUAGCCGGUUUACUACUGUCACUGAUGUAGUUUUCUGACAGUAAAUGUUUUUUGUAGUUUCCAGUACCCCCAGUUCAGCAUUGUGAAGGUGCCUCUCAGACUGUGUAGUGUGUAGCUAUAUAAUUUAUGUCUUAUUCCUUAAAUGAUUUGCAACAACUGCACAACAUGAACAUAAAAUGUUUGCAGUCCUCAAUCAAUGGUUUUCAGCUUGUUUGCCCUACUUUAGACACUACUAAGUGUCAUCACUAUGUCCCCAAAGCAUUUUUGGAAUAUAACAUCACACUUAUGCUUCUACAAAAGUUGUUACUCAAUGAACAGUAAAGCUUAAAUAUGUUAAUUGUGUCUAAUAUAUGAUGAUCAACUGACAUACACUUGUAUUAAAGAUAAAUGUUCCACA